AUGGAGAGGCAGAGCUUGACUCAUGAGGAUUUUGUUGAGGCAGGUCUUGAAGACGUGUUUGAUGCACUUGCUACUCAAGAUUAUCUUGAUGGCGGGCUGUCUCUUCUCAUUCGCUGCCCCAGAUCUCAUAUCACAGAGACCAUCACUCCUGAUUGUAUUGCAGUUGACCUUUAUGCAUUCUGUGAGGAGUUUGCAAUACCCCAUCUCAAGCGUUUUAUGGAGCAUUGCAGCAAAGAAAAUAUCACACCUCUGCAUCAGUAUGCUGCAACUCCAGUGGACCCAACCAGCUUCCCAUCUGUACCUGCACCAUUGUGCCCUACUGGGGCUCAAAUUCGAUGUUCAGCUCGCUCUCCCAAACAGUUUCAGCAUGACUUCGUCAUUGCUGCUUUGCCCAAGUCACCCAUGCCACCAAACUUGAAGUCAGCAGCUGUGAAGCAUGCCACAGCCUUGGCUUCUUCAGGCUCUGCUGGGAGCCCCAAGAUCAAACAGCAUCAAAAUGCUGACACUUUCUUGUUGUUGAGGAAGAAUGCUAUACUGGAACACAAGGUUUUUGCCCCCCUGCUCAGCAUUGGUCCCAAUACUGAUGCUGUGCUUGAUUGCUUCAAAAUUGGUAAUGAAGCGAUCUUGAAACUUCAUGAUCUCAUUGUUACCAUGCACAGUAGCUUUAAUUUGACAAAGGCCCUCCAUGUGGACCUGGCUGGUGCUCCAUUAGGUAAUCUCAAAAAGUUGCAUCCAAAGGUCAUCCUUAGCAAGGAAGCUAGAGCUGUUCUCGCCUCCCAACAUCACCAGAAAUCCAAGGAUUUCAAGGCAGCACUUGACGACACUUGGCUCUCUAUUGACAAAGCUGUGAAGAUGAUUGCCUCAUCUGACCACAAGAGUAUCCAAUGCAUCACAAAUGAUUUGUACAUGGGCUGUGGCUGUGCUUUAAGCAUUUAA